GUUGACGACGUGGUACUGGGAACAUUGAUCGUUUCAACGACUCCAAUACCCAUGGAAACCGACCUACUUUUGUCCUCUGGUGGCUAUUGUAUGAUACUAACAAACAGGGUCGAUAACUUGCCCAGACCCUUCAUGAUCGCGCUUCGACUUCAAAAAGGUGUGGGUUGUACCUAGUACCUUUUAGGUUGAGAGGAUUAUCCAUGAGCGCCUCUCUGGACCCACACUGUAUCAAAAAGACGCGUGUUUUUGUAUUUUCACGAACACGUGCCAGUGUGGUGACCGUGUCGAGAACAAGGAUUGGGCAAGGUAUAAGACUUGGAGUUGGGAGCAGACUGAUAGUAUUGCAUCCCUCACAGCUAAUUCCCGAUACACGCGUCAAUGCCAAACUCGCAGCCCCUGCGAAAACCUUCUCUCCUCUCUCGAAUAGGGGCUCGUAUCGAUGACCGUCCUCAUUCACACUAUUUCAAACAAAGAGAAGAGACUCGUCUCAGACCUCUGGGAAACAAUCACGAGGGGAAACAAGCGUCGGUGUCAACAACAGGUCACGCUGGUCGUCAUCCUCAAGCCAAGCAGCAUGUGCCGGACCCUUCCUUCAUCGAUCGUGUACCUGCUACUCGCCAAUCGACGACUUUUUCACCAGAUACGGUCACUCAGGAGCGGAACAACCAUGUAUAUGGCAUCUUAGCGACUGUGUCCAUCUCGGGAUCUUCCCCUGGGUCCGAUAUAAAGCCCAUGUCCCUUGACGAUGCCCCUCUAUACUCUACCCUGGCUUCGUCUCAGAUAUCGGUUGAUUCAUUUUCUCCGAAUGUUGAUCAAAGCGUCCAGCAUAGGGCUUCAUCCCGUAUGUCGGUUGAUGUUCCUUCUGCCUGUCAGAUCCGAUGGUCAUCAGACCGGAUGGUGAUCGACGAGAUCCAGCACCGCUAUUCUACACAGAAUCUCCCACAGAAGGUGUACAGUCACUGUGCUCUCACAUUUAUCACUCGCCCGACUGUCUCGCCAACCAUAACAUGUUCUCGUAAUACUUCGGUACAUUCCCCACGAGAACGUACGCUCGCGUCGAGUGUUUUGCCACCCACAUCCUUUUCAUUACGACAUAUAUCUCUAUCGCACGGUAGAGGCUCCCCUUGCGGAGAAGCGAAUUCGGCGUCGGUGCCUCCGUCGCGAUCAUUAUCCAUGCAACAUGGGUGUGACAAGGAAGGUCAAGUCCUUCCCCCAACAAGAUCCCCUCCUUGCCCAUGUACAUCACCACCGCCUCCUAGCCUGAUCGCCAGCUCCCUUUCACGCCCUUGGGGUCGCUCAGAAUUCUCACCAGCUGCACCUCCCGGAAUAUUCUCCACGAAAUAUGGGACCCCGGUUUUAGGGGAGGGGAAUAGAUCGCCUCCCACGAGUCUAGAUGCUGUUCAUCGUCAAUGCCCUACCAAUAGGAGUCGUGCUCGUGCACGGAGAUCAUCCUCAGGGGAUGACGCCAGUUACAAGCGUCGUUGUAUCCGACAAGAUAGCCAGCCUAUUGCUCUUCUCUUCAUUGAUUCUCAUUCAACAUGCAACACGUCUCCACAAUCGCCUCAUUCGCUCUCCCCUAUCAACGAGGCUUGGCUCCCGCCUAUGGAGAAGCAACUGCAAAUGGCCCACGAGUCACAGCUGAAAGCCAGAUUCAGGAAAUUCAAAGCUAUCAUCGGCGGGGCUGUCGACGAAAUCAAGGAGGAAAUUGUGCUUUAUCACAAAGAUCAUCGAAAGCAUAAAGGUGCACACACGAACACCAACUCGGAGCCUUUUUCAGGAGUUCCGGACUACCUGAGGUCUUUAGAGCGUUACGACCCACCGGAAACCACAGAUACAUCCCGAUCUCAGCUACGGACGUCAUUUGACAUUGAGAAGGAUAUUAACAAUAUCGCUCAAACGUGGACGAAGCUCGCGCUGUGCGAUUCUCCAGCGGCAUUGGGAGAGGAUGCCAGUGAUGGGAUCCUUCCGGGCGAAGUACCCUAUCUUUCUUUAUCUUCCCCAAGAAUCAACGAGCCUCCGAUGAACCAAAUCAGAUCGCCACCCUUUUGUAGGACUGCUGAUCUUGGCGCAGUCAAAAAGGUUCAGAGUGGUGAAGUCGAUAUGGGAGAUGCCGUGAACUUAACGUUUCGCCGACGCAGGGCUGUGGAUGCCUCCAAUGCCAACGGAGUGGUCAUACCUCGACUCCCUAAAUCAUUAUAAUUUAUAGCUCCCAUCGCGGGUGGACAUAGUCGACGAAGAUAUGAUACAUGAAUCUAUACGAACUCAUAGUGCGCACAGAUGUAAAAUUUAAACGUUACGAAUCACAAGUCUUAACGAACUUCACAAACGCACUUCUACGCUAUACGAUAGACGUAGACCACGAAUU